GUGGUGUUUAUUGUUAGUUCAUGUUAACCGAUGUAGAUGUUAACAAAUGGAACCUUUUUGUAAAGUGUUACCACAUUUUAAUUUUUGGUUAAACCAUCUCUUUGAGAGGACAAGUCAGUUCUCACCAGAUGCAUUAAAAACGGCUGUUUAAUAUUGACAAAAUGCAUUAAAAAUGUUAACAGAUAACAUCCUGAGAGAACCUUGUUGCUAAAUCAGUUCUGUUGUGUAUUCAAAACAGAUAUGCAUAUUAAAGAUAGAUAAUGUCUUUUUUUUAAUUAUAAUUUAUUGUUACAUUAUUAAAAUUAUUAUAAUGCAUAUUGUUAUAGUAAAACUAACUGAUUCACAUCAAGCAGAGAAAAUCCCUCAGAUACAUACAUUAGAUGGAGCUCUAGAAAGAUGAGAUGUAAUGGGUAGAGCCAACCGAUACUGAUUUUAGAGGGGGGAAAUUCACAGAUUACCGAUAUGGUGGCCGAUAUAGUUAAUUUUUAAGCUGGAAUGAAAACAGACCUUUUUUAUGUUAAUUGGGCACCAAUUUUGCACCAAUAUGACCAUGCAAAGGCACUCAGAAGGCUGCUUUUUUUAAACAAAUAUUUUUAUCAAAGAAUAUUUUACAUUAUAUUUAUAAUUUAACAAAUUCUAGAAAUGAACACUUAGAAAAUAAAGAAUAAAUGAAAAUACAAUAAAUGGCUAAAUAAACAUCAGUACUGUAUGUUCAGUAUCAGUCAUUUGCUGACCAUUUAAAUACAGAAUAAAUUCAAAUAUAAUAAAUAGUAUAAUAAACACAAGUACUGAAUGGUAUUAGUUAAUGGGUGACCAUUUCAAUAAAGAAUAAAUAAAAAAUAAAAUAAAUAGCUAAAUAAACAUAGUAUCAGUCAAAUGGCUAUUUUAAUAUUGCCAGCCAAUUAGGGGCAGGUUGUUAAACAAGAAGCAUUUACACUUGCCGAGUCAAUAGAUAAACAGCAGCAGGGGUGUAGUCUGCUAUACAAGUACAGGGCAAACUUUCAACGGUGGAAAACCAGACUUUUAAAUAUUACAUUUUGUAAACGCAAUGACUGGAAUUGUUUGGUUGUUUGGAGGUAUUCGCAAACUGCGAAUCCUGAACAAAACAGUUUGGUGAAUACCUGUUACACAUUAGCUUCCAUUCAGCUGACAAGGUAUGAAAGUAGUUACAUACUAUAGGUAUAAGCUUGUUGUCAUGGAGAUUUAAUAGAGACGUUGUUUAUUUACUUUCCAGCAUUGCAUCUCACCAACUAGGUAACAACAUAGUGUGAAAUAAACACUCAAUAGACACAAUCCACCACUGCACCAUUGUCUGCUGAGCUGCAAAAUGUUGCUCUGAUGUUAACCUUUCAAUCUGCUAUGUUACUGACUGCACUAAUAAACUAUAGCUGGCUAACAUAGCAAACAAAUGUGAUAAACAUGAGUGACAUGGUUGUCAGCGACAGCUAACAUUAACAUGUUAUAUUGAAAAGGGAAAAUGAUGGGGUCAUUGUUUAUUAACUUUCCUGUAUGUAUUUCACAAACGUUUUAGCAACUUACCGUGAAGACACCGUUUAAAUCUGCACUGUCUGCUGAACCACCGUCAGCCCAGCUCUGUAAACAAUGGAGUCUGAGUGCGCUCUGGUGGACAAACUAUGUUAUGACACCAACUUUAAAUCACCCCAAGCAUUGCUUUUUGCAUUAUAUGUUCUGAAAUAAAUGUUUUCAUAAUCGGCCGUCCACUAGUAACAGGUGUAAGUCUGUUUUAAGCGUUUCUCUUCACUCUACAGAUGGCAUUAUUACACAAAGUGUUUUUGCAAUUUCUGCCUUUCUUGCUGUUUUAUGAGGGAGCGCCACGAUGUGACUAGACAAAAUUAGAUCUCCAUCGCAUUGAUCGCUUAUAGAGAUGUGGUACAACACCAUUCGCAUGUCCAAUUAACAGGUUUAUACCCGUUUAUAUAUGUAAAAUCUAAAGUUCAGUAGAUACAUGCUUCCCCACUGCUCGUAUUCACAAGCUGCUGAACACUGCACCAUGAGUUAAGGUGAGAGGGAGACACGAUAGAGGGAUUUCCCUGGAUUUUGAAAGUGAAACAUUAAAGAGAUUAAAAUUGUGCUCAAUCCUGCACUAUUGAGCUAACAUUCAUUAUUGAGAUUUUAGUCAGGCUACUUGUCCGGUCGGGCAAGUAAAAUUCUCUUUAACUUGCCUGUUCAAAAUUUCCACUUGAUACUUGGCUUGACAAGCCCUGCCGUAUUGAAUUACAUUCUUAACACACACACACACACACACACACACGGCAGCUCCAAAAUUCACAUCUGAGGUAUGACUGUGUAAAUUAUGUUGUAGAACAAAACGUCCUUGUAUCGUCAAGUAAUAUUUACCACUAACCUUAUUUUACACAAGUUUCAAAAAAUGUCAUCUACAAAUUGAUGUCACGGUUGAACAGUUCUAUUAACAGCCAAACUUGAACAUACUGAUGCUGAUCUGCAGAUUCAAUCAAGAAUACUUAAUACUUGUUUAAGCCGAAUCACUUUUGUGUGUCUGCCUGAAAUGAUUGGGUGUUUGUUUGGUUUUAAGGACAUAUAUUUUUGUAAGUACAGCAGUAGGUUCUGAUGGAGUAAUUGAGUGUAUUUGUUUUGGUCUCAGCAUCAACAUGACAGGAGACACUGAUCUGGAGAUUGAUAUAGUUUAUAUAGUUUGUACAUGGGAUAUAUUUGUACACAUUCACUAACAUUUGAACCUGUUCUGUGUGUGUAGUUGGAGGAUAAGACUGAAUUCCAUGAGGAGUUCAUCCGCUGCCUGAAGUAUGCCAUGAUCAUUAAACACCCGUAAACCAGCAGUUGAGAACGUCAUUGAUUUUGUCACAAAGUUUGCUGAUAGUUUUCAAACGCCUGUAAAUGAGGAGGUCGAAGAGGAGGAGGAGGACCCAGGGUUUCCGCGGGGUCUUAAAAAGUCUAAAAUUUCAAAAUCACAAUUUAAGGCCUUAAAAAGUCUUAAAUUUGCUGAAGCAUUGUGUUCUAGGUCUUAAAUAAUUUUAAACAGGUCUUAAUUUUCCUACGUCCAUGUAAAUCUCAUUUAAAUGCUCCCGCAGCGCUUUGGAAUGUUUUUUUUUUUUUUUAAUUCCGUGGUGUUGUAGUUUGUUAUUUCGCUAGUCCAAAUAUAAUUCGCUGUAUAAACCUUUUACGCACUUCCGCAUUUUUCGAACGGAAAUACGUCAAUGAAGUGUAUUAGAACUUCCUGUUAUCGUAGCGGCAGAUACGAAAAAUGGCAGAGUCGAAGAGUCGCAGUUUCUGUUGUGUUCCAGGCUGUUCGUCUUCCACCCAAAAACAGCCCUACCUUUCGUUUCAUUCUUUUCCUAUCGAUCCAAACCUGAAACCCAAAUGGAUACAGGCGAUCCGAAGAGAGGAAGGGAACAGUUUUGAGAUAAAAAGAGGUAGCACCUAUGUCUGCAGCCGGCACUUCGCUCCGGAGGAUUACGUUGGUGGCUGUGUCGUUCGUCGCCUGAAGAGUGGUGUUGUUCCGAGCUUAUUCCCUUGGAACAAUUUUACUGCUCCUUUGAGAAGGGAGUCAGUAUAUGACAGAACCAUAAAACGUCAGUCUAGUAUCCAGCUAUGCUGUGAAGAUAGCACCAUGGUGGCUAAGGCAGUAAGGAUGGAUCACGACUACGUGACACACCCACCUGCAGGUGCUCUGGAUGAGGCUUUGGAUUACAUCCAUGACUUAGAAGCCAUGUUGCAAAACACUGACCUACCACCCCCUACUCUCUUCAGCCGAUACUGUUCAUCGGAUGACCAAAUUCGUUUCUACACCAAAUUUCCAUCCGAGAGGGUUUUUACUAUUUUUUGGGAGUCGAUUGCACCAUUUGCCCUUAGACUGGUGUACUGGACCAAAGCAAAGAGGGCAGGUGAGGAAGGCUGCCAAGAUCCCAGCCCACCACGCAUCAUGCCAUUAAUAGAUGAGUUCUUGAUGUACUCCAUGCGGGUUGCUGUUGGCAUGAAGGAGUAG